AUGAUUGAAAAAUUAAAAUAUUUUUAUUUAUUAUUUUUUUUAUUAAAUAUUUGCGUUGCAACAGAUAUUAAAGUUAAUUAUAAUGUUGAAAGAAAUUACAAUUCUUUUGAAGAAUGUGGUGUAGAUAAUCAACCAGUUUGUACAUCAUUAGAGGAUGCUUCAAAUAGAGCUAUUUUAUUAUCAAAAACCAAUACAAGUAAUAAUAUUAUUAUUAUUAGUGAUAUUAAUGGAUCAACACCUGUUUCAUUGGGAAAUUUAUAUAAUUAUUGUGGUAAAUUAUAUAUUAAAUCGGGUAGUGACACUGUAUAUAUUAACAUUGAUGGUUGGAACUCAACGCAACAACCAUUUCUCAAUAUUGAAGAGCCAGAUCAACCAAAUUCAACCUAUUCAUGUACAUCACAAAGAUAUUUCUAUUUGCAAUAUAUAAAUUUCAUAAAUUGGGACCAAACAAUUGCAAAAAUCAACAUUAAUCAAGAAACAAAUUUAACUUCAACUAACAAUUCAAAAUCGUUUGCUCUUUAUUUCAAUCGUGUAAAUAUAUAUUCAUCAAGUAGCAUAUUAAUGGUUUAUCCAAAGAAUUUAGGCCAGAUUUACAACGCAAGGUUCACCACUGUACAUUUUAUAUCAACCUUAGGUUAUAACUUAAAGUCGUCUUCAAGUCUGUUUGCACCAGGUUCAGUUACCGAUUAUGUACCACCUAUUUAUGUGGUCGGUGGUUUUAUUAAUAGAGGUAUGAAUAUAGAUAAUGGAACAUUCUUGUCUACUCCGUUUGUUUUUAUCCAAGGUGGAGAGAUUAACAUUCCAACUCAAACAAUGUCAAACAAUAAUUUCUCGGUGAAUCCAUUCAUUUUGUCAAUCAGCUCCUUGGUCACACUGAAAUUAUUAAUUUUCAAAAACAACCAACUCUCCACAUUCAUAUAUUUAUAUGAUUGCAAUGGCGCAACACUAUUUAACUUUGAAUACGAGAAUACCACACAAACACCAUUUUAUCACAGAAAUAAAUAUCUUGGACUUGAAUAUGAAGAUUCAUUUGCAGUAAUCAAAAAGAGCCACGUAGAAAUUAAAGAUUGUUUGCAAUCAACUCUUUCCUUAAAUUCAAUUGAAAACUUUUUAGUUUUUGUUGAAAACAGUUCACUCUCUUUUGCAUUCAGGGAAAUUUCUUCACUUAUAUCACCCAAUUAUUUUUUAAAAACAGAAAGUAGUUCAGUCAGUUUAUCUGGUUUGGACCUAAGUAAUUCUGAUACACCCAUUAUUGGAAGCAAUUCCUCCAUAUUUUUUUUAAAUCCUUUCACCUUUACAAAUGAAUCUUUUUGUGGUUGCCAAAAUUGCAGUUAUUAUUUAGGAGAAACCAUACAUGAUAACACAAACUAUCCAUGUGGUUCUAAUCCAACAGACACACCAACAGAUACACCAACAGAUACACCAACAGACACACCAACAGACACACCAACAGACACACCAACAGAUACACCAACGGAAAGCCCAACAACCGAAACAUCAACUCAAAAACCAACUCAAACACCAGUACCAACAUCAACUGCAACACCAAAUUCUCCAAAAAGUAGCAGAUCAAGGAAUAUUGCUAUUAUCACUUCAGUUUUGGGUAUUGCGUCUAUUGGAUCCCUUAUUAUAUUUUCAUUCAUUUAUAAAAGACAUAAAAAUAAUAAAUAUAUCUCAAACUCACAGCUCCAUAAUCAUGAUAAAAUUAGUUCAAAUGAUAGUGUACUUAAUGAUGGCACAUGUAUUGCUGUUGCAGAUGAGGAUGAAAAAGCAGUUUCUCCGACCAUUGACAUAUCGGUAGUGGCUUAUGAACAAGAGUAUGAAGAUUUCGCACAACUAGAAAGGUUAUAA